UGCUGCCAAUCAGUGCCGCCUAUCAGUGUGCGUCAGAGCUGCCUAUCAGUGCCUUCAGUGCCACCUAACAGUGCCAGUCAGUGUCGCCUAUCAGUGCCAUAUAUGAGUGCUGCCUUUCAGUGCCCAUCAGUGAUGCCUGUCAAUGCCUAUCAGUGCCUCCUCAUCAGUGCCCAUCAGUGCCACCUAUCAGUGCCCAUCACUGCAGCCUCAUGAGCGCACAUCAGUGAAG